AAGCCGAACUAACCAUAUCUAGGCAUAGGCUGCAUGGUAGAGAGACAAACAUUUUGCUCAUAGAGAGCAUGACUGGCUAUAAAAAAAAAAAGCACUCAGUUAAUCUUUUGUGAUUUGCUAAGUUAUUCUCCUGCGCUUUACUUUUUUGUACAGGUAGAAUGUACCCAGGCUCUGUGACAUUUAAACAAAAAUGGACAGACCUUCGAGCAAUACCUGGAAGCUCCCAGUAUGGCAUGAUGGUUAAAAACAUAGAAAAUUCAAUACGAGACGCCUUCAAGAAUGAUUCUAAUUUUCAAGAUGUCAAGGUGACACAGUUGAGGGAGCACAAGGCCACUAAAAAGUCCACAAGACAAGGAAAUCUUGCAGCAGAUUUUGAGUUGUCGUUUAACAACCAAUCAAGAGUCAGAAGCAGCGUUUCUAAUCUCUUCAGCAUGGUGCAGGAUGGUGUUCUUGACGGGAUACCAGUCAAGGAAGGAUCUUUAUUUGUUCAAGGACUGAAAAAUAUGACUUGGCAUAAACACAAACAUAGAACGCAGCAGCACAUCGUUCACGGUUUGUUUUUGGUUUCUUUCUUUGUUGCUGUUACUUUUCUUGUUUAUUUUAUCCUAGGAAAUUCCAUCUCCUGGCUGCAAUGGUAAUUUUAGUCCACAAACCUAAUAAUUCAGUAAGCCUAAGAAUUAAGACAUUGUCGUAAACCCAAGUGAUAACGUGAUUACCGUCUACCGGUUAGCUCACUGGGUAGAGCACCGGACUAGCGUGCGGGAGGUCGCGGGUUCAAACGACGGCCGGACCAACACUCAGGGUCUUUAAAUAA